AUGGCGGAUCCAUCUUCUUCGCAAGACGGGGAACAGCAGAGCUAUACCAGCAUGUCUGUUGGCGACGUGGAAGCUAUCGGCGCUCACUGCCAGUUUGCGUUCUGCCACCAGCUGGACUUCCUUCCCUUCCGCUGCGAGAGCUGUAGAGGGACCUAUUGCCUGGAUCACCGAACAGAGACGGCGCACAAGUGCACCAAGGCUGGCGCAUGGGCACGCGCACGUCGCGAAGCCUCGUCCACCCCGUCAUCGAACUCGUCGACCCCGAAGCCCAACAUUCUCACGCACGAACAACAAUGCUCCUCGCCCGUUUGCAAGACGCUCGUCAAUACCUCGCUCAACCCCGGCGUACACUGCCCCAACUGCAACCGCCAAUACUGUUUAAAACACCGCAUGCGGGAGGAUCAUGACUGCGCGAAGCUGACGCCGUUGGGCGCCAAACCAUCGUCACAGAAAGAGCGCGGGCUUGCGGCGCUGGAGAAACUCAAGGCGUGGGGCUUAAGCAAGAAGGCGGCAGCUACGGAAACAUCAAAUGCAGUCAAGGCGAAGCCACUGCUCAGCCGAAGUGGCAACUCGCCGGCGGCGCGCGCAGCCGCCAUCAACAACCUCAAGAAGACGGCCAAGGGGGACGCCAAGCUUCCACCGGAAAAGCGGGUGUACUUGCAUGUGGAGGCCUCGGCCGAUACGACAACAGCCAAGCACCCCACCGGCGCUUUCUUCUACAGCACUGAGUGGAGUGUCGGCCGAGUGCUGGACAUGGCUGCGAAAGCGCUGCAGGUUGAGAAUGUGAAUAAUAGAGGAGACGGGGAGGAGAACAAACUACGCGUCUUCCACGUUGAGGGUGGAAAGCUGUUAGACUUCAGCGAUAAGAUCGGUGCUUCCUGUCAAACAGGAAACACCAUAGUGCUGUUGAGGGGCGUUGGACCACCGGUGCCGGAUCUGAUUCAGGCGGUUUUUCUCAUCGUGGGCGCCGGCCCUGCCGGUCUCCUGACGGCGGCCUGGAUGGCGCGUUGCGGCAUCAAUGUUCGCAUCGUUGACAAACGGGGUACUAAGAUCUUCGCCGGUCAAGCUGACGGCUUGCAAUGCCGUAGCCUGGAGAUCUUCGACAGCUUCGGGUUCGCGCACCGGGCAUGGCUGGAAGCCAACCACAUGCUAGAGGUAUGCAUGUGGAACCCAGACGAAAAGGGCGUUAUCCGGCGCUCCGACAGGGUGCCGGACACGCCGCCGGGCAUCUCGCGCUUCACCGAGUGCGUGCUGCAUCAGGGUCGGAUCGAGCGCUUCUUCCUGGACCACAUGAAGGAGCACUCGAAUAUCGAAGUUGAGCGCGGCGUCCUUCCCGAGUCGUUGGAGAUUGACGAAUCUCUAGUUGAGGAUAACUCAGCUUACCCCAUCACGGUGAAGUUGCGUCACUUAUCUGACGAGGAGGCCACUCCUGCACAAUCGUUGGCCUCAAACGGCUCGGGGGUCUCGAACGGGUUGUUUAGGAGCAAUUUGUCGCCAGACGACACGGAUGAUUUGCUGCGGAAGAGUUCGGGAAGGGAGGGUUCUUCCGAGAUAUUGAGGACCAAGUAUAUGGUUGGCUGCGACGGUGCCCACAGCUGGACCAGGAGGCAAUUGGGCUUUGAGCUGGAAGGAGAAGCAACUGACUACAUUUGGGGUGUUCUCGACGUUGUUCCCAUCACCGAUUUCCCUGAUAUUAGGAACCGCUGCAUCAUCCACAGCGCCAACGAGGGAAGCCUGAUGGUCAUUCCACGGGAAAGGGGCAUCGUUCGACUGUACAUUCAGCUCAAAGAAGUUGUCCCUGACGCAAGUGGAAGGGCGGACAGGUCGAAGAUUACUCCAGAGCUUAUCAUCAAGGCUGCACAAAGGAUCAUCAGCCCUUACAAGCUGACUUACGACUACUGCGAAUGGUGGACGGGCUAUCAAAUUGGACAGCGAGUUGGCAAGAAUUUUGAUCUCCAUCAACGCGUCUUCCUUGCCGGUGAUGCUGUCCACACGCACAGCCCCAAGGCGGGUCAGGGGAUGAAUGUCUCCAUGGCGGAUGCGUACAACCUUGGCUGGAAAAUCGCAUCUGUUGUAAAGGGUCGCUCACCCCGCUCGAUCCUCAAGACUUACCAAUCCGAGCGCCGGCGCAUCGCCCAGGACCUUAUCGACUUUGAUCACAAGUUCUCCCGUCUCUUCAGUGGCAGGCCUGCCAAGGACAUCCUCGACACGGAAGGAAUCAGCAUGGAAGAAUUCAAAGAGACGUUCCGCACGGCACACAUGUUUACCAGCGGCCUCAGCGUGGACUAUGGCGCCUCGAUGCUCAUCGCCAAAGCUGGCAGCGCCGUGGAGCAGGGCGACGGUUCCGACGUAUCAGCGAGCCAAACGGGGACCAAGCAGGUAGUCGGCAAGCAGCAACUGGCAACCAACGUGCCCCUCGGCAAGCGCUUCCCAAGCUUCAAAGUGCUCAAUCAGUCCGACUCGCGGCCCUGGCACCUGGCAGAACGGCUUCCGGCAGACGGGCGGUUCCGCAUCAUCCUCUUUGCGGGCAACGUACUGUCUGCCCCGCAGAAGGAGCGUAUCGACAAGUUCUGCGCCGCGCUGGAUGCACCGGGCUCGUGGCUGCGUCGCGUCACGCCGGCGGACCAGAAGAUCGACUCGGUCGUGGAAAUCCUGACGGUGCAUAGCAUGCCGCGCAGGGAUGUAGAACUGCUGCGGGAUUUCCCGGAGUUGCUGCACCCAUUUGACGAGAAAAGAGGUUGGGACUACAUGAAAGUGUACGUGGACGAUGAGAGCUAUCAUGAGGGGCACGGGCAUGCGUACGAGAACUACGGGGUGGAUGCGGAGAGGGGGUGCGUAGUGGCGCUGAGGCCAGAUCAGUAUGUUGGUUACAUUGGGGAGCUGGAGGACGUGGAUGAGCUGGCGACGUAUUUCGGGGGGUGCCUGCUUGAUGCGCAGUAA